AUGCCCGCACCCUGGCUCGGCGACAGCGACGACGCCCGCACCUGCUGUCCGAGGCCACCGACGGCAACCACGCAGCCACGACGAGGCCGCCGAUGGCAACCACGCACCUGCCUAGAGCGCGCGGGCUCGACGGAGGAGAGCGCAAGGGAAGCGCGGCUGUCUCCAAGGAUGCGACCAUGGAUGAUGCGUCGGUGCCACGCGUUCGAGCUCCGUAGGAACAUGAGCUGGCUCGCCGUGGCCGCAGAGAGGCAUUGGAUGAAGUCGUCCGCCGAGGAAGUUGAUGAUGACGCUCGCGCAGGGGUGGGGCGCGUGAACUUCGACCGCGUGCAUAGCCAUCGCAUCUACAUCGUGCGCCUUCAAGCAGUGAUGCAGUCGACUAUUGAUGUCGCAGCGAGCUCCGCCAUGCGGACAGCGGCGUGGGCGCGAGCAACUCCCGACGGCAUGGCUGCAUUGGAGUCGGCGGCGUGGCCGGGUCCAGGGCGGACGAAGACCUAUAGGGGCUGGUGCGCGCGUGGGUCGGAAGUCCGCCUCUCCAUGCACUCUUCGUCCGCGGCUGCGCUCGUGGCUGUCCGUGACCGCCGUCCCAUGCGUUCGGUGGAGCUUGUCGCGGCUGCCGCCUCACGUGCCCCGAUGGAUCUCAAGGAUAGCCUCUCCAGAUUUAAGCAACAGCAGGAGAGAUGCCAGUCAUCUUUGGCGAGCAUAGCUGCUUCGAGCUCAAAGCCAAAGCACAGGGCCCAACCAGCACAUGCUCCCAACGUUCCAGCACGACCAUCACAACCUAUUAAGUUUUCAAAUGAUACAGAAAGGCUGCAGCACAUCAAUUUGAUUAGGAAAUCUCCUGUUGGAGCACAGAUCAAACUUGUCAUCGAACUGCUUUACAAGACAAGACAAGCUUUUACUGCAGAGCAGAUAAAUGAAGCAACUUAUGUUGAUAUCCAUGGUAAUAAAGCUGUCUUUGACAGCUUGAGAAACAACCCCAAAGUAAGCUAUGAUGGGAGGCGUUUCUCUUACAAGUCCAAGCAUGACCUUAAGGGAAAAGAUCAACUGCUUGUUUUGAUUAGGAAGUUCCCAGAAGGUCUUGCUGUUGUGGAAGUCAAGGAUGCAUAUCCAAAUGUAUUAGAAGAUUUGCAGGCUCUGAAGGCUGCAGGUGAGGUUUGGCUGUUAUCAAACAUGGACUCCCAGGAGGACAUUGUAUACCCUAAUGAUCCAAAAGCGAAGAUCAAGGUUGAUGAUGACCUGAAGCAGCUCUUCCGUGAAAUAGAGCUACCACGUGACAUGGUCGACAUAGAGAAGGAUCUACAGAAAAACGGUUUCAAGCCCAUGACCAAUACUGCCAAACGACGAGCAGCUGCCCAGAUCAAUGGCGUGAAACCCAAGGCUAAGCCCAAAAAGAAGCAGCGUGAGAUCACAAAACGGACCAAGCUCACGAAUGCCCAUCUGCCUGAGCUGUUCCAGAAUCUCAACACUUAA